CGCGCUCCAAUUCCGCGCCGCCGUCCGGAGCGUGCGCCGAGAGGCGAGCGAGCUCGCGUGCGACAUCAGCUCGGUUCGGUUUCCCAUUCGGUUCGAAGAACCGACAUUGAGUCACGGCACCGCGUGAUUCUCUCGGGACGACGGAGGAAGAAGACCCCCGCGGAUGGCAAUCGUGCCAUCGCAUCCUCGCACCAGUCAACGUACUGAGCGCGAUUAUGUUCCGGGACGGCCAAUAUCUGGAAGUGAUCAAGGCUUCGGAGGAUUGUUUGGCAACCGCCGUGGUAACCGUGCAGGAAAAAACGGUAGAGAUCAAGAAGCGAAAGGUCAUCACUAACAAGUGGCUGCAGGUCGAAGACUGGGCAGCGCUUUAUAAGAUAUUGGAGCGAGCGAUCCUACGAAAUUGUCGGGAUGACGGGUCGCAUCGCAAAAGCCGGGGAUGCGAAUGGAAAAAGUCCACUCGCCAGUUGGAAGUCACAUACACUUUCGAGCAUUCGGAAUGCGCAAACGAUAUAUCAUCUUUGCCCACGAUCCAAGUACAUGUGUCACCAGCUCGAAAAAAAUCGAUAAAACGAGAAAUAAACGAAAUAGAUACUUCAAAGAAAAGCAAAGUGAUAACAGAUGACGAUGCGGCGAAACGAACGAAAGAAGAAAAAUCUCUUGAUCGAACGACUGAUCGAUCGAAGAAAACACUCGAGAAACCGAUACAAACUUCUCCGAAGAAGAUUGAGACCCCACGCACUAUUGCGUCCGAGCAAGAGGAUCUAAAGAGGAAGAAGAGCCGGAAAUACAUGCUCUCCGAUGAUUUGGAAAACGCAUUAUUGGAGGAGUAUAUUCCGGACGCACCGAAAGCGAAAAAAUCAUGUCUGGACUUCAAAUACGUACCCAGCCGAAAGAGCGCAUUAGAGAGUAUGCGUUUAACAUCAAACGAGUACACGCCGACUCUUUGCGACAGCAAACACGUGGUGGAAAGCGUGAGCUACGUGCCAAACUCUAUCGAGAAGCUAGAGAUGAUUCACGAGACUUACGAACCGCGCGCCACUACGACGAUUCCUGAUGGUAUUCUCGAGGAAUAUGUACCCAAUUCCAAAGGAGUCAAAUCUUCCAUAGAGGAGUACGAGCCUGAUUUCAAAUCCCCGAGCAAAUUGAUGAAGUUCGAUGAUAGUUACGUGCCGUCCAGUGUGCGACAGAGCGCGCCAAACAACUUGAAAAGAACUCCGAAUAAAUCGGAAAAUAUUAAGGCGCAGAGAUUGGAGGCGAGUCGAAAGGGAACACCGGUCAAGAAGAAGAUGGACCUGUUUUCGUGAGAUAUACGAAUGUUUUUCUUAAAGCUACAUGUCGAUACAAAAUUCGAUAGUAACAAAGUGAUGGAAGAAAAUUUCGCAGGGUAAGAAAACAGAUUUUGGAUACGAGACUGAUGUUUAUAAAAAAAUUAUAGUUUAUAAUACUGUUCAUAUAUAAAGAUUAUCUCUGAUUUUUGAAACUCAUUAUGGGAGCUUUCCAGCAACGACACAGAGCGACACAGCGUAUCAUUCUAUCUUCUUUCAUAUCAGUAAACAACAAAGAUAGAAUGAUAUUCUGUGUCGCUCUGUGUCGUUGUUGGAAAGCUCCCUAUAUAUACUUAUUUCGAGAUAUAGAAAUAAAAAAAUGAAUGUUUUCAUCGUUAUAGCAAGGCGUAAAAUUAUUUUAAAUGCAGUUAUACAAAAAAAAAUGGGAGCGAUAAUUUUGUUAAGAGAUUCAGUUUCUAUAUCUCGAAAUAUGCGAGUUUUAAAAAAUCGGUGAGUUAAAUGAACAUUCACCUAGUUUAUUUUAAUACAAGUAUGUAA